AUGUUAAAUAAAAUAAUUCCGAAAAAGCAAAAUAUCACUGCAGAUUCGAUAAAAGAUGGAGUUAUUACAAAAGAAAUAACCAUUGAUGUUGAUGUUCAAUGGAGAAAUGCUUGUGAAUUAUUGGAAUAUUUAAUUCAACCGAUCAAAUUCCAAGAUAUCUUUGCGAAAAACAUAGGAAGCAUCGAUUUUCAUGUUAAUAUUCAUGAUUUUGCUCAGCUUUAUUACUUAGCUUCAACAAUUAAUUUUGAAAUUCUUCGUUACAAUUUAGAUAUUCAACUUUACCAACUGAAUUUUGAGCAGGCACUUAUUAUAUUAUCAGUCGUUGAGAAAUUUUACAUAAAAAAUAUCAGAUUGUCGAAAUUACGAAUUCCAUUAAUUGAAUUCAUUUCGGAUUGCAUGCAAAAGGAGUUCAAUAAAAAUGAUUGGACAACAGCAACCAAAAUACUUUGUUCUACUCCAGAAAUUACUCAAAUUAUUAAUUCUCCAAUAUUUUCACAGCCAAUUACACGAUUUUUACAAAAAUCAAGAAAUAAUGCUUUCGUUUUAGAUUGGCUUGUUAAUGUUUUUGGAGCUUAUAUUCAAAGCGAAGAUAAAUUUAAGUUUGAAUUUUAUGAUUUAUGUAUGACAAUCAAAGAAGACAAGAAAAUGAUGACAUCAAGAUAUAGAAAUGCUGCUCGUAAUAUUGAUGAGUCUGACGAGCUUUCAGAUAUAAAAAAUUUUGUAAUUUGGUGUUAUUCUCAAUACAAUGAUUUAAUAGUUCCAAAUGAUGAAGAAAUAGUUAUCAGUAAGCAAGAAAUGCUUCAAUUCUUAGAUGCUCCAAGAUUAUUUAUUUUAUUUAUAAAAAUAGAUAUUAAUCAAUGUGAAUCGAGUAUUGCACCUUAUGCAACUCUAGCCAUAUGUUGCGAUGCUGAUAUGAAUGCAAGAGAAAGGAUAUUCCAUCAAUUAUGUUCAAAUAAUUUUAUUGAUUUGUCAAAAUUAGAAUUCAGGCAGAUUUUAGAGAUAUUAAGAUUCGCUAUGAAAGAAAUCAAAACAAACCCAACUGAUAUUUUUAUUCAUUGCUUUACAAUUGCUGCGGAACAAAUCAAAUCUUAUGAUAAUUACUUAGAUCUCAUCUUGGCAUCCGAUUUUUCGAAGUACAUUCCAGAGUUUGGAUUUGAUCAGCUCAAAGAAGUCUUCAAAACACCAGAUCCAAAAUAUUCUCAAAUUUUAUUCACUUGGAUGCUGAAUAAUAGAAAUAACUUAAGUCAAGAAAUAAUCCAAGAAUUCAUUAAUGCAAUAGAUAACUCAGAAAAUUCAUUUGGUUACAAAUUAUUUGCAAUUGAUGUUAUAAAUUCAAUAGGAACUCAAAAUCAAGAGCAGUUUGAGCUUCUCAAAAACUCAUUUGACGUUAAAACAAUACUCUUGGCCUUGAAAUCCUUUGAAAAAUUGAAUAUCUCAAUUAAUGAUAGGAAAACUAUACAUUUAGUCCAUAAUAUAACAGUCAAAGAUUAUUUAGCUCAUGCAAAAUUCCUUUCUUUCUUAGAUAAAUUCAAGAUUUCAAUAAGAAAAAGUGAAAUUGUUCUUCCUCUAACAGAAUUGACACUCGCAACAGCUCUUAAUAUCCUUAAACGAAUACCUGUUAAGCACAUCUCUCAAAUAGUCAUAGAAAACUUGAUUCCUUUGGUUUUUCUCAUAAUUGAUGAACUUAAUACCGAAGAUUUAGAGUUGUUCUGCUUAUUAAUUGCACAGAAAUACAAACAUAUUGUUCAAAGUGCUAAUAUUAAGGUCUAUAAUGAACAACAAAUUGCAUUAUUAUCAAAUCGCUUGAAUUUGCCAGAAAUUCUUUGUGCUUCAAGACUUCCAUUCUCUUUAUUUGCAUUAUCAAGCAAAAUGUCAAUUGUGUUCCAAUUCCAGACCGAAAUGUUCUUAACUUUUAUAGAAAAUGAGAAAUGGACAAAGUUUGAGCCAUCAAGAACUGAAUUAAUCCCGAAUGCACGAACAUUAAUUCCUCUUAGUAUUUGUGUAGUUGUUUUUGAUGAAGAAAAUCAGAAAUCAGCAGAUGAAAUCAAAAUUAAACUUGAAUAUGCAGGUUUCAAGAAGAUUAUGAUUGUUUUUAUUAAAGAUGAAGAAAAAGAAAUACCUGAAGCUUCAUCUUACGUAAUGUGGCUUCCGAAAGAAAAAUCUGAUCAAAUUGAUCGCGAAAUUCACUCAAAAGUCUAUGAAAAACUCAAAGGAAGACCCCUUUCUGUAUCAGCAACACUCAUUAGAGAAUUUUCUGAUAUUUAUUUGCCAAAACAAAUAAUUCAUUUUGAAGAUCAAAUGAGGCGAAUAGAUUGGGAAAAAGUAAGUGAUAAACUAUGUCCAAAUAAGGAAGAUCUCUUUAUUCUUCCAAUGUUCAGUGAUAAUGUCUUUCAAUCAAUUCCAUUUAUUAUUCCAAACAAAGAAAAUAUUUCAGAAGAGAUAUCAAUGAAAUGUCAAAGAGAACUUGCUGUUUGUUUUGUUAAUUCCACUUUAUCUAUUUUUAAUUUCGAACUUGUUUUGGAUGAAUCACUUGGCCCGUUGUAUUAUGCUGCUUCAAAGAUUUCAAUAAACAUUCUUGCAGCAUUACUUUGUGAAUCAUCUGCAAAUCAAGAAAUCCAAAUAUUAUAA